GGGAAGGAUGUGAAAAGAAUGGAGGGACGAAGGGAGCGAGGGGGGAAAGGCUCUUGAAAAACAGUGAAUGACAGUAGUCCUAAGACUCUGCUGUCCCAGCUGUGUGACCUGCUGGCAGCGAGGCCCCUACAGGGCCUGGUCUACGAGGAGGAGAGGCCACCACCCACCGCCUGGGGACCCCUGGCCCCCAUGUUAGAGUUUGUCUCUGCCCAGACUGGACUACCCAUAGUGGCUGUAGGAGGAGGAGCAGGGCUGGGAAGGAUGCAACAGGAGUCAGGCUCCAUCUUCCUCCAGUUCAGCUCAUCCACCAGCCUCCAGCUGGAGGUCAUCUUCAAAAUACUAGAGGAGUAUGACUGGACCACCUUCUCAGUGGUGUCCACCCGUCACCAUGGCUACCAGGACUUCCUGUCGGUGGUGGACGGCCUGACGGACGGCUCGUUCAUCGGCUGGGAGAAGAAGAGCGUGGUCAUGCUGAACGUGACGGACGACCCGGGGGGGGCGCGCACGCGCAGGCUGCUCAAGGAGAACGAGGCGCAGGUACGUCUGCUCUACUGUUCCCAGGAGGAGGCCGAGCUGGUGUUUAAAGCAGCCUGGGCCGCGGGUCAGGCUGGACCCUCUCACAUGUGGUUCGCUGUGGGGCCAGCCCUGUCCGGCCUUGGCAUGGAGGGUCUCCCAGCCCUGUUCGCCGUGCGUCCGCAGGGCUGGAAGGAUAAGCCCCGCAUGAGGAUCGCCCGGGGCGUGUCCAUACUGACCCACGGGGCGGUGGCACUGCGCCGCGACUAUGGGGCCUCUGGAGGGCCAAACUUUGUCACCAACUGCAUGACGGAAGCCAAUCAAACACACAGGGUGCGGGGGAGGAUGAGGUAUUUCAGCAACAUCACGUUGGGUGGCAGAGACUACUCUUUCGACAGUGACGGUUACCUGGCCAACCCCGUCCUAGAAGUCAUCUCCUAUACACCUGGCAAAGGCUGGGAGGAUGUAGGGAUGUGGGAGAACGGUAAGUUGGAUUUGGUUUAUCCAGCGUGGUCGCGUUACGGUCCAUUCCUCCAACCGCCUGAUGGCGCCCAGCACCUGCGCGUGGUCACUCUGGAGGAACGUCCGUUUGUCAUCGUGGAGCUGGCUGACGCCGCCUCCAACACCUGCAUCAGAGACUCUGUACCCUGCCGACGACCCCUGAAUGCCAGUAUUCCUGUCCAGGAUCCCCCAAAGAAACAGUGCUGUAAGGGCUUCUGCAUCGAUAUCCUCAAACGAUUGGCCAAAAUCGUAGGUUUCACCUAUGACCUCUACCUGGUGACCAAUGGAAAGCACGGGAAGAAGAUUGAUGGAGUGUGGAACGGCAUGAUUGGAGAGGUGGUGGGACAGCGAGCAGAUAUGGCCAUCGGAUCCCUCACCAUCAACGAGGAGAGGUCAGAGGUCGUGGACUUUUCCGUCCCCUUCGUGGAGACGGGCAUCAGCGUCAUGGUCUCCCGUAGCAACGGAACCGUCUCACCCUCUGCCUUCCUGGAGCCCUACAGUCCAGCGGUGUGGGUGAUGAUGUUCGUCAUGUGCCUGACCGUGGUGGCUGUGACCGUCUUCAUAUUUGAGUUCUUCAGUCCAGUCGGCUACAACCGCAGCCUUUCCAGCGGAAAGAAGGCAGGAGGCUCUACGUUCACCAUAGGAAAGUCUGUGUGGUUGCUGUGGGCCAUUGUGUUCAAUAACUCGGUCCCAGUGGAGAACCCAAGAGGAACCACCAGUAAGAUCAUGGUGCUGAUCUGGGCCUUCUUCGCUGUCAUCUUCCUGGCUUCCUACACAGCCAACCUGGCUGCCUUCAUGAUCCAGGAGGAGUACAUAGACACUGUCUCUGGACUCUCAGACAAAAAGUUCCAGCACCCCACAGAGCAGUACCCCCCUCUGAAGUUUGGCACGGUGCCCAAUGGAAGUACAGAGAAGAACAUCCGCAGUAACUACCCUGGCAUGCACCAUUACAUGGUCAAAUAUAACCAGAGAGGGGUGGAGGACGCCAUUAACAACCUCAAGACUGGGAAGUUGGAUGCCUUUAUCUACGAUGCAGCUGUGUUGAACUACAUGGCCAGGAAAGACGAGGGUUGUAAGGUGAUGACCAUAGGCUCUGGGAAGGUAUUUGCCACCACAGGCUACGGUAUCGCCCUGCACAAGAACUCCCGCUGGAAACGCCCCCUCGACCUGGCCCUGCUGCAGCUGGUGGGAGACGUUAUCCAUAUCAAUUUGUCAUUGGUGAAGGUCAAGACUGAAGAGACACUCAAAGUCAAGUGGUGA